CGCAAUGCUGGCAAGCGCUCGAGGCGGGCGCGGCAAUGCUAGUCGCGCUUCCGCCUUUCAUCCAAAAGUGAAGCUCCGACCUCGUAGAGAGUGCGAAAUCAAAACGCCAGCUCAAGAGGAGAGAGUGCCCGAGAAGAAAGAUCCAGAAAUCCCUCUCGAAACUUUGAGCGAGGUGGAAUUGGAUGCAAUAGUCGAUCAUCAGUGCGAAGAACCUCUAUCUCUGCAAGAAGCACCAAGUGACUCUGUGCCAACUUUGGCACCGCCGGCUCCAGUGCCAGAUCUGGUUAUGCCCUCAUCGCGCACUGAAACUUGUACCAGCGAGUGUUCAAAGGCAAAGAGAAACAAGCGGUCGGUUUCACGCAAGAAACAAGAGCCAGCUGUGAGUAUCGACUUGCCGACAUUAAUCAAAGAGGCGUUCUUGAGAGAUUUCAUCAAAAUCACCGAGGCAAAGGAAGAGGAUGAAGAAAGAGAAAAAGGAAAAAGUUCAAAAGCCGGAAGAGAGUAUUCCUGUCACGAGAAUACAGAAGGAAGUAAACGUUGCUCCACAAGUGAGGAUCAUCAAUGGGAGCAUUGCCAUCGAAUCCCAAAAGUUUGACGAUAGAUGCCAGGGCCUUGAAUGAGGAGGACCCUGCGACUUACAGGCGCAUAGACGAAACGCACAGGAAGGUGAACUACCGAAGCAGCACCGCAGCCAACGAGAGAUGGAGGCCUGAAGAGACGGAACUCUACUAAAAGGCUGUUGAGCAGUUUGGGACUGAUUUUGAUCUCAUCCAGCGGCUAAUACCUGGCAAGUCACGCAGACAGAUCAACAACAAGUACAGCAGAGAUGGACGUCAAAAUCCGCGGCGUUUAUCGCAAGUCAGCCUCUAACAAGACAGAGAUUUGGAGUACGAGAACCUUUUGGAAGAUGUUCUGCAAGAUAUUGCUGCUGCUGCUGAAAAAGAGGACGAGUUUGCCUUUACGUGGGAUGGCAACAGGAACAAGGGAGAAGAGAGUGUUGCUGAUCCAGCAGCACCAAACUUGGAGCACGGUGAAAACGAAGAGCAUGAAGAUCACGUACACGAGCUCCAAGAAAACAAACGCGAAAAAUUCAAGGUCACCCCAUAUCUCUUUUCUAGUUUUUUGGGAUUAGUUUUUGGAGGAAGGUUUAGCGAUGGAAGAAUAAAUAUCUGUCUCAAAGGAUCACUGCACAGAGCUUCUUGUUUACAAGCUUCCCAUCAAAACAAAAGAUGGAAAAGUUAGAUUUUAUACUUU